CAAUGCCAAAAUGUAUAUAUGAAUAAGACAUUCAAGAACAAGAAAUAUACUUUAGAAGUUAGUCAUGUAAUCGUAUCUUGAGCUUUACGGAAGUUUGUUUUACAAUUUUUUUCAUUUCAAUUGCAAAAUUUUUUUGAAAAAAAAAAAAAAAUUGUUACAACAAUUAUUCAAAAUUAAUCAAAUUUUGAUUAAUUUUUGAAAAUAAAUGAAGGAGGAAAUUUGUUCCCAAAUGGCAGAAAUUCCAAAUAUUCUCUCAUUCUCGGAAAGUACAAAUUUUUAUAAACAAGUGGAUAAAGAUAAUUGUAAUAAAAACAAAAGUGAAAACAAUAAUUUGUGCAAUGAAAUUAAAAAGCAAAUGGAAACAAAAAUAUUCGAAAAUAAGGAAAAUUCAAGUGAUAAUAAUAAUAAUAAUAAUUUAAGGAAAGAAGAAAAAUAUUUAUUGAAUAUUCUAAAAAAUUUAAAUAAUGAAAAAUUCACAACUAAUAAUUUUAAUAAAAAGGAAAAAAUCGAAUUUUUAACCAAUCAUAUUAAAACAGAAGUGAAUGAUUGUAAAAAUGGAUUUCAAAUUUUACCUGACGAUAUGAUACAUUUAUUUGUUGCAACAAAUUUUGAAGUUGAUUAUAAUAGAUCAUCUGAUAUAAAACCAAAUUGGCUUGAUAUGGAAAAAUUUAAACGUGGUCAAAAAUUUGCAAUGGAUUAUUUUUUUGGUGUAUCUUAUGCACAAUUAUUGUCAUUAUUUAUAUUAUUUGCCUUUGAAGAUGGUGUUAAACCAUUGAUAUUUACGGAAAAAUCCAGUACUCCUUAUACAGCAUUUAAGAGAUAUAUUUCAACUGGACAGCGUGUUAGAAAUUGGUAUACAAAAGAUCCAUGGACAAAAAAUACAGCAGCCUAUAAUGACAUUCAAACAGUAAGAAAAAUGCAUUCAGCUGUUAGGCAAAAAUUAAAAAAUACUGAUAAUAAAAUAAUUGAUGAAAAAACUAAAAUAAAAAAUCCCACAUGUCCAACGAGAGAUAUUCUUGUUGAAGAUUUUCAAUCAUCAUGUCCUGCACCUAAAUUAGGACAAUGUCCAUAUUUACUUUACAAUAAUCCCGAACUCUAUUCACUUAGACCAAAGGGAUUAAAUCAAGCCGAUAUGGUAUCAACACAAUUUGGUUUUAUGGGAUUAAUUAUUUUAUAUCCCAAAUAUUUUGGUAUUUUUUAUGCAACCGAGGAUGAUUUAGAGGCAUUUUGUCAUCUUUGGCGUGGUAUUGGAUAUCUACUUGGAAUAGAUGAUGAAUUUAAUUUUUGUCGUGGAACAUUGAAUGAAGUUAGAGAACGAUGUAGAAAUUUUUUGGAAUAUUGGGCAAAACCAAAUUUUCGUGAAUUGACACCUGAAUGUGAACAUAUGAUGAGAUGCGUUGUUGAGGGUUUGAAAUAUUAUGUACCCGGUAAUUAUUAUGAAACUUGUGUUUUAUAUUUAGCAGAAAUUUUAAAUUUACACACGCCCAGAUUGUAUUCGUCGUUAACGUACAAAAUUUGGAUGAGACAUCUUUUUUUGAAAUUUUUGUAUCAAUAUGGAUGUCAAGUGCCUGCAGUAGUAACGUCAUUAAAUGGAAAAAUUAAUAUUGCAUUGGAUAAUGCUUUAAAUUAUAGUGCAGAAAAACACGAAGAAUUAAAAAAAAAAUCUGAGGAAUUGUUUAAAAAAAAUAUAGAAUAACAUAAUUGCCAAAAAUUAUUUUUAAUAACAGCAUAAUGUGGCAAUAAAGAGAGGAAGCUUAAAAAAAUAAUAAUUUUAUAAAUAUAUAAUAAUAUAUAUUUGUAAUAUAUAUUUAGAAAAAAAAAUAGUUAAUAUACUACUGCCUGUGAUAUUCACAAAUUUAUCAAAUUUGU